AUGAGUUGCGUGCCAUGGAAAGGUGACAAGACCAAAUCGGAAUCAUCAGAGCCACCCCAGCUACCGCCACUGCAUAUUUACCAUGAGAAGCAGCGUAGGGAGCUGUGUGCCCUCCAUGCCCUCAACAAUGUCUUCCAGGACAGCAACGCCUUCACUAGGGAAACCCUGCAGGAGAUUUUUCAGAGGCUGUCCCCCAACACCAUGGUGACACCCCACAAGAAGAGCAUGUUGGGAAAUGGAAACUAUGAUGUGAACGUGAUCAUGGCAGCACUGCAGACCAAAGGCUAUGAGGCGGUUUGGUGGGACAAGCGCAGGGAUGUUAACGUCAUUGCCCUGUCUAACGUGAUGGGCUUCAUCAUGAAUCUGCCCUCCAGCCUUUGCUGGGGCCCCUUGAAGCUUCCCCUCAAGCGACAGCACUGGAUAUGCGUCCGGGAGGUGGGAGGCACCUACUACAACCUCGACUCCAAACUCAAGGUGCCCGAGUGGAUUGGAGGUGAAAGUGAGCUCAGGAAAUUUUUGAAACACCAGCUGAGAGGAAAGAACUGUGAACUCCUGCUGGUGGUGCCAGAGGAGGUGGAAGCACAUCAGAGCUGGAGAGCUGAUGUGUGACCCGGACUGACUCUGUCCUCCCACUACAGCUCUUCCCCUUUACUGAACUCCUGAUGUCCUGAAACCUGGAUAAUGGGUGCCCUGACUUCUUGUCUGGAACUUCCUUUGUUAGGCUCUUCUCUUCCUUCCUUGGUGCAAUAGGACAACGGCGUAGGACAUUGGGGGUGGUGGGUGGGGAAGAAUCGAGGGCAGAGUGGAGGAAACUGGAAGCCAAUCACUUCAGUUGCAAACGUGGACGAGCUGCGUGCCCUUCGGCUAGCUGGAAGGCUCACGAGCUCUAAAACCGGGCUGUGGGGCUCGGGUGCCUGGAAGCCUCUGGCUUUCCCUUUGACCUGUAUUGUCCAAGGCCGCAUGUGGUGGGACGCUGCUCCCUCUGGGGCUUGCCAGGGAGGAGCAGGGGCCAAGUACACUGCCGCCUCUUCUCAAGUCUCUCCCUCCAAAACAAGUCGUCGGGAAGACGUUUGCAAUUCCUAAGGGUCUCUCAGGACACUCUCAAAACACUAGGAAUGGUACGGUGCUCAGCGUGACCCUCUGCUUC